AUGUAUCUCAAUGUGCUCUCGCAGGCGACGAUAGGACUCGGCACGAAUGUUAACCACUACCGCGAAACUUAUAAAGACAAAGACGUGCAAGAUGUUGGGCAGAACCAACACAUCGCUUCCCCAAAGCCAGAAGCAGUUAUCGACCAUAGCCAACCAACUGGUCCACAACCUGGGGCAGAACUUGUCGAUGCAGCUAGGAUAGAACUUACUAAAGCUCCCCAGCUCUUGCACCGUCGAAAGAAGAGACCAUCCGGUCUUGUCGGCACCGCUCUGCGUUACAUCCUCAAGGCCAUCCCAUCUGGCCCUGUAACAGCUCCAUCGCAGUCCCAUGAAACCACCGUCGAUGGCGCCCUCUCUAAUGCCGUCGAUCUUCUCGAGAAGGCCGCCCAACAAAACAACUCCGACGCGCUAUACCUACUUGCCGAGAUAAACUUUUUUGGAAACUACAGUCACCCAAGAAAUCUUGAUGCUGCAUUCAACAACUAUUAUCAACUUGCCAGCGUCUAUGGGAACUCGACAGCUCAGUAUAUGCUGGGAGUAUAUCAUUCGACAGGGCUUGGAAAUGUGGUAGAGCGUGAUCAAGCCAAGGCACUCCUCUACUACACAUUUGCUGCUAUGCGUGGUAAUGCUCGCGCGGAAAUGGCAACAGCCUUUAGACACCAUGCCGGUAUUGGUACAACAAAGAAUUGCGAAGCCGCUGUGAAGUACUACAAAAGUGUCGCAGACAAGGCUAUCGCUUGGUACAGGUCGGGGCCUCCUGGUGGCAGAUCCUGGGUUCAUCAAUCCUGGCGUAUUUCUGACGACGACGGAGGUAUCUAUGGAGAAGGGGCAAGCGCCUCCAGUUCUGGAAUGAACGCUUUGAAGGCUAGUCCAGGUUCCGAUGCUAAUGCAGCCAUUGACGAUGUGAUCGAAUACUUGGAUUUGAUGUCUCAAAAGGGCGACUCCAAAGCUUCCUACAAUCUCGGCCGUAUAUACUACGAUGGUCAGCGAGGCCUGGAACGCGAUAUCGACCUAGCCCGCAAAUACUUUGUCCUGGUCGCAUCUCGUUAUUGGAGGAAGGAUGGACGUCUGCACGAGAAUCUCAAACUUGGAAUCGAAAAGAUUGCCACCAAAGCAGCCGGGUACCUCGGCCGAAUGUAUUUGAGAGGUGAUGGCGUUGUCCAGAAUUUUGACCGGGCAAAGGUGUGGUUUGAGCGUGGCGUCACGCAUCAUGAUGCCCAGUCGCAGCACGGCUUGGGCUUGAUGAUGCUUCACGGCUAUGGCCAAAAGAAAAAUGUCAAGAAGGCUAUGGAACUCUUCAAGUCAUCUGCUGAUCAGGAUUAUGCCCCAGCCUUGGUUCAGAUGGGCCAGCUUUAUCUAGAUCAGGGUGGUCAGGAAGAUGUCAGGAUUGCCAACAACUAUUUCGAACUUGCCGGUAGACACGGCAACAUUGAGGCUCAUUAUUACAUUGCAGAGAUGAUCCAUUACGGCGUCGGACGAGAGAAGCUCUGUGGUGCUUCCUUGACGUACUACAAGAGUGUUGCCGAGAAGGCAGAACCGCUAGUCUCAGCCUGGGGCGAUGCAAACGACGCAUAUGAAGCAGGCGACUACGAACUCGCAUUCCUCGAGUACCUCUUGGCCGCCGAGCAAGGUUACGAGAAGGCACAGACGAAUGUGGCAUACAUGUUGGACUCUAUUCAAAAUAAGCUCUCCGUCUCGUCGCUACUUGGAAAACCCCGUGAGAAGAGCGGCCUUCUUAAGAACCCAUCCCUGGCUCUCGUCUAUUGGACACGAUCAUCACGACAGUCUAAUGUUGACUCAUUAGUUAAGAUGGGUGACUAUUAUUAUCACGGAAUCGGGACUGAGGAGGAUAUUUCAAAGGCGGUCCAGUGCUACACGGGAGCAUCUGAUUACUCUCAAAGUGCGCAGGCACUAUUCAACCUCGGUUGGAUGCACGAAAAUGGUAUCGGCUUGGUACAAGAUUUUCAUCUGGCCAAGAGGUACUACGACCAUGCCCUAGAGGUGAAUGAAGAGGCGUACUUGCCAGUGACUGUGAGUCUUCUAAAGCUUCGCCUCCGAAGUGCUUGGAACACCUUGACACAUGGCGAGAUCCAUUCAAUUCAGGAUGAGCCUAAACCCAAAAAGGACCGCUCCUUUUCCGAGUGGAUUGCCAACUUCUUGCAAGAUGACGGUCAAGUAUUUGAGGAGGAUUACUACACAGGCGGCGACUUAUACGACGGUGCGCUUGGCGACGGGCAAGGAACAGACGACGACGACGGUGUCUUGGAAAGCAUCCUCAUCAUCGGAGUUACCUUUUCACUUGUCUUUCUCCUAUGGUGGCGUCAGCGGCUGCAGCAGGCGCACCAACAAGCAGAGGACGCCCGAAGGAGAGAACAAGGGCUCCCUCCUAACCCGCGACCUGAUGCACCAGGUGCCGAAUUUGCUGGAUGGGGAGCUGCCGGAGGAGUAGUUCUGUAA